AAAAGAUUUAUUCGAAAAUAACAUUUUUUUUAAUAGGAAAAUGAUUCUUCAACUUUAUAGGUCGAAUAUUCGCUUGUGAAAUUAGGUUUAGGGUUCAUCUGCAGCCAUAUAUAAACCCCCUUUGUCUCACACUUCGUUCUUCCUCAAAUCUCACUCUCUCUCACACAGCCACAGUAACUGAACUCAAUACCAAACAGAGACCAAGAUGGCCGAGCAAACUUUCAUCAUGAUCAAGCCCGAUGGCGUUCAAAGAGGCCUCGUUGGUGAGAUUAUUAGCAGGUUUGAAAAGAAGGGUUUCUACUUGAAAGGUUUAAAAUUUGUGAAUGUGGAGCGUGCUUUUGCUGAGAAGCACUAUGCAGAUUUGUCUGCAAAGCCUUUCUUUAGCGGAUUGGUGGAUUACAUCAUCUCUGGCCCUGUUGUUGCCAUGAUCUGGGAGGGUAAGAAUGUUGUGACAACCGGAAGAAAGAUAAUUGGUGCCACAAACCCUGCUCAAUCGGAGCCUGGAACUAUCCGUGGUGACUUUGCCAUUGACAUUGGCAGGAAUGUUAUUCAUGGAAGUGAUGCUGUUGAAAGUGCUAACAAGGAAAUUGCUCUGUGGUUCCCUGAGGGUGCUGCUAACUGGGAAAGCAGCCUUCACUCUUGGAUCUAUGAGUAAAGAUGAAAUAUGUGGUUGAUUUUGAAUCUGCCCUAUUUUGAUCUGUUAAAUUUUAUUAAGUCUGGUAUGUGUCUUGGUUUGGAUGUCAAGUCUCUUUAUGUUGUUUCUGUUGAAACAUUUUCACAGUUUGAUUAUUCAAAUCGAAAUCUAGUUUUGCUUUGAAACGUUUUCACAGUUUGAUGAAUCAAAUCGGAAUCUAGUUUUGCUUUUCCAUGUCAGUAUUCCCUGUGUUUGAGACAUUGACGUGGUUGCACUUAAAUAUACAGUUAUUAUUCUAGUA